AGGGCUGCUUCCAUGGUGGGUCUUGCAGCCCCCUGGCUCACCACCUUGUCAUGAGCGAGCCCCCCAACUGAUGUCUGAGAACCGAAAACUAGCCACCAAAGGAGCCGUAUCGACAAAAGACCGCGACUGGCCCCUAAGGAACUACCAGGAACCGUUUUGUCCAACUGAACGUGGGAACGUCUGUAGGACUCGGCUGCCCUGGCUCAGCCAGGACGGGUCUGAGGACCUCCUGCAGCUCUGGCUGCUGCCCUAUGGAAAGCCCAGAGAGGGGAGGGGACCUGCCCCAGGUCACACAGGAACUGGGCCUUGAGCCUCCCCGGCCACGGCCUUGCCUCCCUCCACCCGGGACACUGCGGUCCCUGUAGGGCAGUGGCCCGCCCCUCCUCCUUGCGCUCAGAAAGGGACCUCCUCGCCCUCCUCCCACCCCUGGGCUGGGCCUGGGCGACAGUGAGCAGGACAGCAGGUGGGCGGCGGUGCCAGUGACGGAUCUGUCCUGUCCCUCUGCCCUGCCGCUGGCCCCACAGGGCUGUGCCUAGGGCCGCAAGGCCCCGGCACGGUGAGGGUUACAGCCGGGGCCCCUCCCAGUCUCCAGAGCCACUGUCCCCUAGCAACAGUGCUGCCAGGCAGGACGCGCCAACGCUGGGCACAGCGGCCGUGUGAAGGGCUCCAGGACUGACGAAGGCCAGCCCAGAGAGCCCCGACCCGGCAUGGACGCUGUGGACGCCACCGUGGAGAAGCUCCGAGCGCAGUGUCUGUCCCGAGGGGCCUCGGGCAUCCAGGGCCUGGCCAGGUUUUUCCGCCGCCUGGACCGGGACGGGAGCCGAGCCCUGGAUGCGGGGGAGCUCCGGCGGGGCCUGGCCGAGCUGGGGCUGGCGCUGGACAAGGCCGAGGCGGAGGCCGUGUGCCGGCGCUGGGACCGCGACGGCAGCGGGUCGCUGGACCUGGAGGAGUUCCUGCGGGCGCUGCGGCCCCCCAUGUCCCAGGCCCGUGAGGCGGUCAUCGCGGCCGCGUUUGCCAAGCUGGACCGCAGCGGGGACGGCGUGGUGACGGUGGACGACCUCCGGGGGGCGUACAGCGGCCGCGCCCACCCCAAGGUGCGGAGCGGGGAGUGGACCGAGGAGGACGUGCUCCGCCGCUUCCUGGACAACUUCGACUCCUCCGAGAAGGACGGGCAGGUCACGCUGGCCGAGUUCCGCGACUACUACAGCGGCGUGAGCGCCUCCGUGGACACCGACGAGGAGUUCGUGGCCAUGAUGACCAGCGCCUGGCGGCUGUGAGCAGCCCACUCGCUCAGCUGGCACCAGCGUUGUGUAGGACCCCCACCCGACACCCCUGAGCCAGGGACCCCUCACCUGGGAUUCGAGCUAGGCAGCCCCCGGGGUGGGGCUGGAGGGGAGUGUGGGAGGACGGAGGCCGCAGAACCGGCUGGACCAGGUGUCAGGACCCUGCUGGCCACCAGGUGUUAGUGAGACAAAGGUUCCAAGGAUGGGUCCCUGGCUCAGGACCCCAGGGAGAAAGGCCCUGCCCGCCCCCCACGCUGAGCUGACCCCAGGCCUCCCAAAGCCGCUGCAGAUGCCCCACCCCCUGCCCCUCCCUCGUGUGUCCCCGGGGAAGCCCGGCGGCCCGAGUUGGGCAACAAAGAGCUGUGUGUGAAGCGAGGCAUAGUCUGGUCACCUGCCCAGCGUGGAGUGUGGGGUGGGGCCAGGCUGCUGGAGGAACCUCACCCUGGGAGGUAGAGGCCGCUCCUGGCAG